GGCAUUAUUUGACAGUCAUGUCUGGCCGGUUAUUGAUCCAGCAGGGACGCAGAGCCAUAUUCACGAGCCUGCUUCGCUGCGGCCGCGAGCAACACCCGUCCCCGUCCCUGGCAGCGCCGGUCCUGCGUCUUGAAAGUGUGCAUAGCUGACUUGCUGAUUUCUGUUCAUCAUUCCUGUCCCAACAAACAGGAUACAACAUAAAAUGGCAUCUUCAAAGCGUGUCAUUUUGGCAGAAGAUGUAAAGCUUCUGAUGUCACAAGUCGCUGGACAUACACAUGAUAAGGAAAAAAGUACUCCAGGUAUGCUGAAACACAAGGAUGGCAACAUUUUGAAGCCCCUGUUAAAACCGGUGCAAGCCAAGACUGAAAUUGAGUUCUAUGAAGGAAUAGCCACAUCUCCACAUGCAGCACUUUUAUCUUUCGUACCCAAGUAUUAUGGGAUUGGCAGCAUCACUCUGCAAUCCUUUAGAGGUGAAGUCUUGAUACUUGAGGAUGUAUCUGCAAAUUUUCAGAAGCCAUGCAUAAUGGAUAUUAAGAUUGGAAGACAGACUUGGGAUCCAUAUGCUCCACCCUCUAAACGAGAAUCAGAGGAGAAAAAGUAUAUGGAAUGCAAGAGAGAUCUAGGAUUUUGCAUCCCAGGUUUUCAGGUGUAUGAACCUGAAAGUUGGCAAUUGACCAAAUUUGACAAAAAAUAUGGAAAAUCUUUGAACCAAAAAACUAUACGAAAUGCAUUUUCAACCUUUCUCAAUUUGGACAAGAAGGAAAAUGCUGCUUGCAUAAUAGAAGAAUUCAUCUCCCAACUCAAAAGGAUAUUUAAUAUUAUAUCACAACAAAUAUCUUUGCACCUUUACUCAAGUUCUAUCUUACUGAUGUAUGACUGUGCGCAACUUGGCUCAAAUAUAGAACCAGCUGUGUGGGCUCAUGUUCGCAUGAUUGAUUUUGCCCAUACAUUUACAGGAGACUCUCAUGACAAGGGCCCAGACAAGAACUAUCUCCAUGGAUUGGAGAACCUUAUCCAAGUACUGUCAGGCCUAAAAAGUUGAUAACAAUUACUAUCUGACUUAAAAUUAUGAGACUGAUUACCGUUAAUGAUAUACCACAGCCAUUCAAGCAGCCCACACUAGUAUCUUAAAGUAGGUCGUAGAAAUAGUCAAGCCCUUGACCAAGCUCCCACAUUGCAAUCCCAAUCCCCAGCUGUUCUGCCAAAUCUAGUCUCAUCUUGAUGGACCAGAGAGUAGGAAAGUAGAUGGUGUGACGGCCCUGCUUGGUUCUGUAUUUGUUAAGAAAUUAAAUGGGAGGAAAAAGAACAAUUAUUUUGUGUAAUGAUUAGCACUGACAUUUUAAAUGACCAUUAAACGUACCUGACUUCAA